AUGGGCGUCUUACCGGUCUGCAAUGGCACGACGACAAUGAAGACCGCGACCACGACCAAAACGAGGCUGGCGUUAGAAGUUGUGUCCGAGGUACCACCGUGCCCGCCUGCUCAUUUUAAAGUCGAUAAACGCCCGCGACUAUCUAUACCAUCGACCCGCAUUAGGGCGAGCCGGCACCUGGCCGAGUUCACUCUACCACGACGUCCUCCAACGCACAAGCCUGUGCCACCUCCGUCCACCUCUCCCUGGAGCGGGAAUCUCCUUCUCGCGUGCUCCGCACUCCUGCUAGGCAUAACCGAAGCUUUCCUAGGUUUCCUUCUACUUAUCCCCUCUUUCACUACCAGGCCUGACGCGCAAAUCGUUCAACUGAAGAACGAAGCCGCCCUCUGGCUUGUCUACGGCUCCUAUGCGUGCUUCGUCAGCGUCGCCAUCAGCGGCGUGCUCUCCGCAAGUUGUCUCUACAUGGUCGCUGAGGCUCGUCGGUCUGUACUAGAACCCAGCCGGCGGUCGAAAAUUGCAAAGAUGUUGGCAAGACUCGGCUAUAAUUAUUCCGCGCGUACCUUUCUAGAGGUCCGAGAUGAGUGGCAGCUGGCCCUGGCGGAUGUCCUGGAGACCCUCGGCUUAUUUCUUCUGGGCUUGUCUGCAUUUCCGCUCGCUUUCGGCGCUUCUUGUUGUGUCAUAGGCCUAAGACAGUACGUAUUGACUGGUAUCGGAAGCGACGUGGUCGCGCUAGGCGAGUUUACGUUGGAGAUAUCGGCGGUAUACACGCUCGGACGCUUACUUCAUUCAUUCUUCCCUGCUGCCUUUGAAUCGUACCUGCGCAAGGAGUACCGGUGUGAAGUCGCCGGGCCGCGGUCGCCGGUGGCUAGGCGGCCCGUUCCAUACCCUGACCUCGUCGAUCUUAAGGAUAGCGCUUUGGCUGCCAUAAGACCGCGACCUGCGCCGAGCUUCUACCUCCGGAACACGCCCAUAUUACGCAGAGGUUGUUCGGAAAAUGUUCACCUGUACUCCGUGCAUAACGAUCUUCGAACGACCUCGAUAUUGGGUACCCCAAGUCUAUGGACGCCCCGGAGAGAUCUGGCGCGGUACGCACCAGAUGUGCUGCACGUCUCUUAG